GAGCAGUUCUCACAAGCAACAUUGAACUCAAUGUGCCGAUCACAUUUGUGCUGCCGUUCGCUGGCUUUGCUACAAUCUCUCAGGCUGAUGCUGAUCCUGCAGCUGCUUCUAAGCAAUUCUUUGCUGUGUAGUUCAAAGAAGUACAGGCAUUAUCAUCCACGGCGUUAUAAUUUAACACUCUCCGUUCGUAAUCACAAUGUCACGGAUGCAAAAUUUUUCCGUUUGAAUGGAGUUGGAAACACCGCCGAUUUUUUUGUGGCACCAGGCGACGUUUUCACAAAGACAUAUGAGGUAUAA